AUAUAUAAGUUAGCCUCCUUGAAAUGAGAAAAUGGGUGAGAAAAGUCUCCAUACCUUGGAAACAACAGUACCAAUGCGACUCUGACAGGUAGCACUCUUUCUAAGCUCCUGCCAGCACUGUGCUAUAUACGCUGGGGGCACAAAGAACAGCAAUCCCAGUAGGAUGCCUGCCCUUAGCAAGUACACAGUCCACUUCCAGUAUUUUAUCCCCAGGACAUCAUUCAUCAGAAGCACUAAGAUGAUCCAUGCAGGGAGAUUUGUAACAACAAGACUGGAAACCACCAGAUAUUUACAAAAGCAGGAUGGUUUUCUCAACAUUUUGAUUAGAAAGACUAUCCAGCCUACCCAUACCUAUACCCUGGCAGGGUCAGCCUGUUCCCUAUGGACAUGGUAGUUGGUUUAGCGGGAGGCUGGUGAGCCUGUGCCGAGGGGGUGGGGCCUUGGAGGCUCGACAAAGGGGUGUGUGAUGGUGAUGAGUCACAAAGGACUGUGCAGGAUUAAAGUGGUGAGGCCAAGAGAUUUAGGCAGAGCCCUGCAGAGAGGUGGCCAGUUGCCUUCGUUCCCUCUCUCUCCGAGGCUCGAUUUGUGGCUCGUGCUGCUGGCUUGAACGAAGAGAACCAUGAGCAGUGAGCGUCUGUUACCUCAUUACACGGCCGACAGCUACCGUUCAGAGGGCGUGUUCAGUACCUCCAUGGGGGACCUGCAACGACACCUGCACAAGGGAGGAGAGUUUGACAUAUUAAAAUAUGCACCCGUGUUUGAGAGCGAUUUUAUCCAGGUCAGCAAGAAAGGAGAGGUGAUGGACCUACACAACCGCGUCCAAAUGGUGACCGUGGGCAUCGCAUCAACCAGCCCCCUCCUCCCACUACCUGACGUCAUGCUGCUGGCCCGACCAAUGAAAAUCUGUGAAGAGCAUGUCACAUACUCCCAGAUCACCAAGGAGAGAGGUGGCAAGCCCGUGAAGAUCCUGGAGCUCACCAGGAUGCUUCCCCUGAAGUUUGUCAAGAUCUCUAUCCACAACCAUGAGAAACAGCAGCUGCGCCUGAAGCUUGCCACUGGCCGUACUUUUUAUCUGCAGCUGUGCCCCUCUUCCGAUGCACGAGAAGACCUCUUUUUCCGUUGGGUAAAGCUUGUCUAUCUCCUGAGACCACCGGUAGAGAUUUGCAGCAGUACCCCGACGCUCCAAUCUGGAGAUGCAGUGACUAUAGAGGAUGCCAAAAUCCUAGUGACCACAGAGCUCCACAAAGAAAGGGAUCAGGAUGAGGCUGGGCUUCACAAGCUUCGUGACGUGUCUAGAGCCAUGUCUUGUGUUUAUGUUGGGGGAGAGGGAAUCCAUCAUGCCCCCCAUGGCUCAUCUGCAGCCGUGAAAAGUGCUGAAGGAUCAGAGUCAGGGACGUCCAUGGGCCUGGCCGUAGCAGGGACAGCAUCAAGCCCUGGUGGAGGAGUGGCUGUCUCAGGGGUGGGAGCAGGCCCUGCAGGAGGUGCUGCGAGCUUGGCGGCAAUCAAGAGCACAGGCACCAGCCAGGUGAGCAUGGCCCUGGCGGGAGCCACUAUCAAGGAUCCAGGAGAAAGCGGAUCCGGCAAGGCCAUUGCAGGUGCUGCCAGCAUAUCCUUGGAGGACACGAACCUGAUCUUGGCAGGUGCUGCCGUCACAUCCUCGACGGGGGCAGAUAGUCCAGAGAGCAGCGUGAGCGUGGUGUUUGCAGGUGCAGCAACGACCAGCAAGCCUGCUGCCGGAAGAGCUGAAGGGCAGAUCACAAGCCCCCUGGUCUCCACCUUGCAGAGCGAAGACUACAUGUCUGAACGGGACGGAAGCCAGAAGGUCUCCCGCCCCAGGGAUGAAGCCUGGAAGGAAAAAAGGGAAAGAAGGGAAAAGAAGGACAAGUCUUCAUCUAGGAAGAGUUCCCAUCACCGCAGGACAGGUGAAAGUCACCACAGGACAGGAGGGGACAAGACCCAGAAAUCAUCCUCCCACUGGUCCACAUCCAGCCAUGGAAACUCAAAAGUUGACAAGAAAAAAAAAGAGCACAGUGGCACCAGGGCCAGAGGACACAGCUCUCACAGGAGUGGCAGCCACAGCUCCUCUGCCAAGGAGGGGAGGACAGCUCAGAAAAUGGGGAAGAGCUGGCCCGCCACCAGUUCAGGGACUCUAAGUAAGAAACCCAGUAAGAUCCUCUCUUUCUUCAGGAGCUUCAGAGUCAUUCCUGGUUCAAAAACAAUGGUCACACAUGACAAAGAGGUAGACUUCGUGGCUAAGACGGCAGAGAAGUGCAACAUAGAGGCCGAGGUGGAGAAAGCCCCGGUUGGCCAGGAUCUGGAGAUCUGUGGAACCAUGACAUCAGAGACUAUGGAGACCAUCAUUAUUGAAACCAGAUCCAUUUAAAUAGAAGCCAGGGAAGGAAGCUUUCCAUGGAGACCCAGCUUCAGGGAAGGAUCCCUAGAGAGGUAAUUCCUGCUUUCCUU